AUGGGAGACUACUUGACACCGGCCGAGUUGCCACACCCGAAAUUGAAGCGUACAAAUACUGGGUUUACCCCCAACCAGAUUAUUGCUCUUGAUGCUGCCAUUCCCGAAGCCGCAAAAAAAACCUGGAAUAAAUACUCACUUUUGAAGCCAUUGGGGGGUCGUAACCAUAACGAGGAAGAGCCUGGUGUGUUCAAUGCCGAGGAGAAAUUCGAGGAAUAUUUUGUCCGCCAUGUGGAAACCACUUUGGCAAGAAACAUGUACAACUGUGAUACAUUGGCUGCGUACCAGGCUACGUCAAAUACCAUUCGUGACGGGCUUCUUGUUGAUUGGGCUAAUACCCAGCAGAAACAAACCAUCCAUGAUGGGAAACGUGUCUACUACUUAUCCCUCGAGUUUCUUAUGGGGAGGGCAUUAGACAAUGCGCUCAUCAAUUUAAAUGCUCGCAACAAUACCACAACUUCGUUGGAGCAUCUUGGGUUCAACUUGGAGGAUGUAUUGGACCAGGAGCCAGACGCUGCGUUGGGUAACGGUGGUCUUGGAAGACUUGCGGCGUGUUUUGUAGACUCUCUUUCCUCGCGUAACUACUCGGGUUGGGGUUACGGUUUGAAUUACCAGUAUGGAAUUUUCAAACAAAAAAUUAUUGACGGCUACCAGGUGGAAACUCCUGACUACUGGCUCAAGUACCUGAAUCCUUGGGAAAUUGACAGAAACGAAAUCCAGAUUCCUGUGGAUUUUUACGGUUAUGUCUACGAAAACUACGACACCAACACUGGCGAAGCAAAGAAGGUGUGGGCUGGAGGAGAACGGGUACUUGCAGUGGCGGCAGACUUCCCUAUUCCAGGUUACAACACCAGCACAACCAACAAUCUUCGUCUUUGGAACGCAAGACCCACCACCGAGUUUGACUUUGGAAAGUUCAAUGCUGGUGAUUACCAGCAAUCCGUAGCGGCUCAGCAGCGUGCCGAGUCCAUCACCUCGGUGUUGUACCCAAACGACAACUUUGAGAGCGGCAAGGAAUUGCGUUUGAAACAACAAUACUUUUGGGUAGCUGCUUCAUUGCACGAUAUUAUUCGUCGGUUUAAAAAGACUCACAAGUCAAACUGGGACAAGUUUGCCGAUCAGGUUGCAAUCCAGUUGAACGAUACCCACCCUACGUUGGCAAUUGUUGAACUCCAGCGUGUGUUUGUCGAUGUAGAGGGCUUGGACUGGGACAAAGCAUGGAGCAUUGUCCGCAAGGUAUUCGCCUACACCAACCACACAGUGAUGACAGAAGCAUUGGAAAAAUGGCCUGUGACGGUGCUUAGUAGACUUCUUCCAAGACACAUGGAAAUUAUCUACGAUAUCAACUUUUUCUUCUUGAAAGAUGUUGAGAGAAAGUUCCCCCACGAAAGAGAUAUCUUGAGCAGAGUUUCGGUGAUUGAAGAGUCUGAACCAAAGCAGGUACGCAUGGCAUACUUGGCAAUCAUUGGGUCUCAUAAGGUCAAUGGUGUGGCUGAAUUGCACUCGGAAUUGAUCAAAACCACCAUCUUUAAAGACUUUGUGAGAGUCUUUGGACCCGAUAAGUUCACCAAUGUCACCAAUGGUAUUACUCCUAGAAGAUGGUUGCGCCAGGCCAACCCCAAGUUAGCAGCACUCAUUGCUGAAGCUCUUAACGAUCCAAACUACGAGUACUUGACCAACUUGGGCAUGCUCAAGAAACUUGAACCUUUGGUGGAUGACGACACCUUUUUGAAAAAGUGGGAUGCUAUCAAGUUUGACAACAAGCGUCGUUUAGCUGGUCUCAUCAAGUCCGAAACGGGUAUCGAAGUUGACCCCAGUGUCAUGUUUGACGUUCAAGUCAAGAGGAUUCACGAGUAUAAGAGACAACAGUUGAACAUCUUUGCUGUGAUUUACCGGUAUCUUCACAUCAAAAAGUUGAUUAGAGAGGGCAAGUCAGUAGAUGAUAUCAAGAAGAACUACUAUAUUCCCAAAUGUUCUAUUUUCGGUGGAAAGGCGGCUCCAGGUUACUAUAUGGCAAAGACCAUCAUCCAUUUGAUCAACGAGGUUGCAAGUGUGGUGAACCAUGAUACAGAAAUUGAGAAUUUGUUGAAGGUUGUGUUCAUUCCCGACUACAAUGUGUCCAAGGCCGAGGUUAUUACUCCAGCUUCUGAUCUUUCCAAUCAUAUUUCCACCGCUGGAACUGAAGCCUCCGGUACAUCAAAUAUGAAGUUUGCUCUCAAUGGAGGACUCAUCAUUGGAACCGUUGACGGUGCUAACGUUGAAAUCACCAGAGAAAUCGGCGAGGAAAACAUCUUUCUUUUUGGUAACUUGGCAGAAUCAGUUGAUGAAUUACGUCACAAACAUGUUUACGAAGGUGUCAAGGUUCCAGAGUCGCUACAGGAAGUUUUCUCCGCAAUCGAGUCAGGUUUGUUUGGCAAUGCGGACGAGUUCAAGUCGUUAGUGGAGAGUAUCAAGUAUCACGGCGACUACUAUUUGGUCACUGAUGACUUUGAUUUAUUCUUGGAAGCCCACCGCAAGCUUGAGAAGGUAUAUGGCCAUGAUGGUAGCGGUCACCUCCACAACUGGGUGAAGAAGUCUUUGCUCAAUGUUGCCCAAUAUGGGCUUUUUCAGUUCUGA